GUGUGUGUGUGUGUGUGUGUCUCUGAGCAAACCCAGCCUCUCUGGACCGUGACCCAACCUCCCUGUGUCCUUAGGUUAGAGCUGGAGACUUGCUAGGAGCUGGUGGGAUGGCAUUGCUGGGGAGGGGAGGGAGGCAGCAGCAUGCACUAAGGGCCUGGCACUGCCGCUUCCUUAGGCAGGCGAGUCCCAACAGUAGGCAGACAGGUGGGGCUGACCUGACAGGUUCCAGAGGCCAGGGGCAACAGGGCGGAGCCUGGCUCUGACUUAGUAUGGAAACGGGCUGGGGGGCCCCCACCACACACAGGGCAGGCAGGCAGGAGGUGGUUCUGCCAGUAUCUUCUUCCUGCUGCAGCCAACCUAGGUGCAGACCAUGGAGCCUGGUGCUGGGUGAGGCAGCCAGCUGGGCAGGCAUGUUGGGAGGCCUAGGGCCUGGAGGGACCCAGGACAUGGCAGGAUACCUGCGGGGCCGGGUGGAGGAGCUGAAGCGGCCGUGGUGGCGGGAGAGCUCACCCUUGGUGCUGCAGCACAGUGAAGCAGCCCGGCUGGCAGCUGACGCUCUCCUGGAGCAGGGCGAGGCGGCCUACCUACGGGUCAUCUCUGAGGAGCGGGAACUGCCUUUCCUGAGCACCCUGGACAUAGACUACAUGACAAGCCAUGUGCGUGGGAGCCCUGAGGUCAGCGAGGCUCAGGGUCCUGAGGCCUUAGGACCUGACCGCCUCAGCAUGCUUUCUGAAGUCACUUCUGGCACCUACUUCCCCAUGGCUUCUGACGUAGACCCCCCAGACCUGGACCUGGGUUGGCCUGAGGUUCCACAGGCCACAGGCUUCAGCCCCACCCAGGCCGUGGUCCACUUCCAGAGGGACAAGGCCAAGAACAUCAAGGAUUUGCUUCGUUUCCUCUUCAGCCAGGCCCGCACGGUGAUAGCUGUGGUGAUGGACAUAUUCACUGACAUGGAGCUUCUGUGUGAUCUCAUGGAGGUUUCCAGCCGGCGUGGUGUCCCUGUUUACCUACUCCUGGCCCAGGAGCACCUGAGGCACUUCCUGGAGAUGUGCUAUAAAAUGGACCUCAAUGGGGGGCAUCUGCCGAAAAUGCGUGUGCGGAGCACGUGUGGGGACACAUACUGCAGCAAGGCAGGCCGCCGCUUCACAGGACAGGCCCUGGAGAAAUUUGUCAUCAUUGACUGUGAGCAGGUGGUGGUGGGCAGCUACAGCUUUACCUGGCUCUGCAGCCAGGCCCAUACCAGCAUGGUGCUGCAGCUGAGGGGCCGCAUUGUGGAAGACUUUGAUCGGGAGUUCCGCUGUCUGUACGCUGAGUCACGGCCUGUGGAGGGCUUCUGUGGUGGUGAGGAUCCACCGUCUCCCCGGGCGCCAUGUCCUCCCCCAGUGACCUUGGCCUUUGGGCCUGGUAUCCCAAGCCCCACCUGCUCCUCACCCACCAGCACCAGUCUCAGCAGUAUCAAGCACUCACCUCUCAUGGGCCGUUCUUCCUACCUCGCUCUACCGGGAGGUGGUGGCUGCAGUGACACAGGCAUGGGGUCUUCCUCCCCAAGUCUUGCCCACCACGAAGCCAAUGGCCAACCUUCUCUGCAUCGCCAGCUGUCAGACCCUAACCAUGGCUGCCUUCCAGGGUCCUACAGGGUCAACCUGGGCAAGCUGGGGGCGGCCCCAUGGUCCCAAUCUUCCCCUGCCCUCAACCACAGUAGCAAUGGUCCCUUGACCCCAACAGUGGGGUCACCUCUGCUCCCCUGCCCCCGCCCCCUCCUACACUUCCCCCAAGGGGUACGAGCUCUGUCCCGGCUCCCAGAGAAUGGGUUCCCAGGAUGCCUAGAACCCAACCCUCCACGAGGUCGCUGGGUACCUGGGAUAGCCCUGGAGACAGUGGAGGAGAAGAAGCCAUCAUUGAGUCAGAGCCAUGGCCAGCUGGACCUCCUUGUCCCCUUCCCUAAAUCCCGAGAAGCAGGAGGCCCUGACCCUGGGGUUACACCAAACUCAGCCUCCCUUCGGCCAGGAGAACAGGCCCCAGAGGAUAGGAGGUUAUCCCUCAGUCAGAGCUAUAGCCAGUUGGAUCUCCUGCCCCAGACCCAGAGUCCUGAGGGGGCUCCUGAUUCGAGCUCCCUCAGACCUAGUGCCCCAGAGGACAGGAAGCUAUCCCUAAACCAUAGCUGUGGUCAACUGGACCUCCUGGUACAGUACCCCAAGGCCCAGGACUCCAGAGUGCCCCCUGAAACCAACUCCUUGGCCAGGCCUGGCAAACAGGGUUCAGAUGAGCGACGGCAGACCCUGGGCCACAGUCAGCUGGACCUUAUCACCAAGUUUGGCCCAUUCCGAAGUGAGGGGCCUGGGCCCAAUGUCCUCCCAGGACCAAGCCCUUCUUGCGUGGCUGGAGUGGGCUCUAGGGAUGAGAAGCGGCUGACUCUGGGCCACAGCAAUCUGGACCUUAUCACCAAAUAUCAUCAACUUCAGGGUGCCAGGCAGGGACCUGAGCCUGGCCUCCCUGGGGGCCCAGUAGGUGGCCAUCAUAAUAGUAGUAGUAAUGACCUGUUUGGGGAAGAGAAACGGCUAACACUGGGCCACAGCAAAUUGGAUCUCAUCACUAAGUAUAACAAGUCCAAGUUCAAGCUGCUUCGCAGUCGCUUUGAAUCCUAGUCCUGUUCCCGACAGGGACAGAUCCUUCUUCUAUCCACUGAGCCUUGACUUGCUCAGAUCCCAAACCCUGGGGUGGAAGAGCAAAGCCAGAGCUUAUGGGGAGGGUAGGCCUGGGUCAGAAACUCCCAGGGUUCAAGAUUCUUGUGUGUACUUGUAUGUGAAAGUGCAUGCUCGUGCACGCUUGUGCAUGCACACACAAAACACACACACACACACACACACACACACACAUACACAGGGUUGCCUACUAUAUGCUAGAGUCCUGGGCACGUUGUAUCAGUGAUUCUUCUUAUCCUUCCACCUACAACAUCCUACAAGAUGGACCUCUUAUUGUUAAAUAGUUAUUAAUAGGUAUUAUUCCCCCUUUUUACAAAUGUGGGAGCAGAGGGCCAGAUUUUGGAAGAUUUAUUUGUGGUCAGGUCCAAGUAAAUGGCAGAAUAUGGCCCUCUGCCAGAUCUUAUCCUCUCAGUCUAAAGCUUCUGUUUUCUUCUCAGACAUGACAUUCAAUUUACAUGUCUCCAUGCGCACAAAAUAUAAAACACUAAGAGUUGCCUCAAAUGUCCAUAUAAGGGCUGGGGAUGUGGCUCAAGCGGUAGCGCGCUCGCUGGGCAUGCGCGGGGCGCUGGGUUUGAUCCUCAGCACCAUAUAAAAAUAAAGAUGUUGUGCCCACCGAAAACUAAAAUAUAAAUAUUAAAAAAUUUUCUCUCUCUCUCUCUCUCUCUCUUUAAAAAAUGUCCAUAUAAUAGACUCAGCACACUGACUGGACACACCCACAAGUUGCACACCCAUAGAUGCAUAAAGUAAGUACACAUAGGUCCAUGUGAUAAACCCACUCAGAACUUCAGAGAUACUCAAUAAAUGUCAUCUGGCUAAAUGAAUGGCUACACAAAAAUAUGCACAUUCAGCGCACACUGUAGAACUCCUCAAGAUCCAAAACUAUAAAUAUGCACACAACCCAAAACACAGACACACACACACACCCCCCAACUUGUAUCUGCUUGCACCUAAGCUAUAUUCCCAGCCCUGCGCUGGGCAUGGCAUAGGGCUAACAGACAAAUCAGACUCAGACCCUAGGGGAUAAGAAUUACUUGCAGAAGCCACUGGAGAACAAGACAGGGAUGAACUGAACAAAAGAUUAAUUAGCAACAGAGAGCAAAAGGACAUAGAGUCAGAGAAGUUUCUUGGAGCCGGUAGCCUUUAAGCCAGUCCUUGAAGUAAGGGGAGGUUUGGGACAGAAAAGAGGAAUUUUUGGUAGAGCGAGCCAAGUAAAGAGAGGUCCAAGAGAGGACUGAGUGGGUCUGAGGUGAAAUGGAGAGGACAAAUAGAGCAUGUGGAUACCCAGACACAUACACAUGCCAUCUUGCUGAGUGUCUCUUGAAGUACUGAUUGACAGGUUGUAGGCCUUUUUCCUGAGCUCACUACUUUCCUGGGACAGUGUAUAUGAUACAAAUCAAUAAAGAUUGAUAUGGCUAGACCCA